CCUUCUGAUAUUCUCGAGUCUACAAUUCAGACACAUUUUAAAUAUGUUAUUGAUUGUUACCGUAGUUGUCUUUUUUUUUUAGACUGGUUUGCUUGUGAUUCAACGUGCAUUUUAAGGAAGUAUGAUUCUCCUCACUGUUGGUGUGACUGUCGAACUCAAAGUGGAGCGGGAUCUUAUCCGACCAUUUUGGAACAGUUAUGCGUUGACAAGACUUGUGAUUCAACGUGCAUUUCUUGGGCGUACACAACAAGUAACGGUUACUCACAAUGUAGGUGUGACUGCAGAUCUCAAAGCGGAGCGGAAUCUUAUCCGACCUUUUUGGAACAUUUAUGCGUUGACAAGACUUGUGAUUCAACGUGCAUUUCUUGGGCGUACACAAGUGACGAUUACUCACAAUGUUGGUGUGACUGCAGAUCUCUUUGUGAUCCACCGUGUAUUAACGGGCGGUGUGCAUCAAAUGGUAAUUCCGCCUACUGUAGUUGUUACUGGCAAUAUGACGGCGACAGUUGCAGCGAUCCAAUUUGUGAUCCGCCAUGCAAGAACGGUCACUGCUCGAGUCCCAAUAUAUGUGAUUGCCCCAAUACGCAUACAGGUGAUAGAUGCGGACAAGAUGUCGAUGAGUGUGAAGGCAAUAUAGAUGGAUGUGCCCAGAAUUGUUCCAACACUAAUGGUUCCUUUACCUGUUAUUGCAACGACGGCUGGAUACUUGACUCUGAUGGAAAAAAUUGCACUGGUAUGUUUUCAAAAUUAAUAUUUGUUAUUAUUACGUU